AUCGUAGGUUGGCUAAUAUAAAACCAAGAAAACAUAGUAGAAUAGCUUUUUUUACGGUGCUAAAAAUCAUUUAAAAGCAAGGAAACGCUAAGUUUGUAACUCGAACUUUGCAGCAGGUUCUAUGCUCCGAUUAAGGACCUCUGAAGAAGAAGAACGUGGUUGUGAAAUAUCCCAGCUCAGACAAGCAGUGUUACAAAACAAUGACAGACUCCUUGAUGAGAUGCUCUGCCAAGAAAUCUACAAGAAAGUCAUCAACUGCAGAGGUGGUUGGGGCAUUGCAGGCACGCCUCUGCAUGCUGCUGUGUCUAAAGGCCAUCUCAGCUGUCUGCAGGUCCUGCUAGCCCAUGGUGCCCUGGUAGACUGCGUGGAUGUCAAGGCUCAGACCCCCCUCUUCGCAGCCGUUCGUGGGAAGUACCUGGACUGUGUCUUAGCGCUCCUAGGAGCAGGCGCCAACCCUAACGGGAACUUGUCCAACAACUGCUCCCCCGUCCUCACUGCUGCUCGGGAGGGUGAUGUGGAGAUAUUAAAGGAACUGCUUAAACAUGGCGCAGAGGUGAACUCCCGUUCCAAAGUCUUGCUCUGGACCUCCAGUGCCAGGGUGACGAGCGGGCCACUGUACCUGGCAGCCGUGUACGGACACAUGGAGUGUUUCAGACUGCUGCUCCUCUAUGGGGCAGACCCAGAUUACAACUGUACAGAUGGAAAGCUGCUGAGUUCUAUCAAGCAGCCUAAAACGGUGCUGGAGAUGUGUCUCAGGCACGGCUGUGGCGUGGAGUACAUCCAGCUUCUCAUCGACUUCGGCGCAAACGUCUACCUCCCUACGCUGAUCAUCGAGAAGUCCACAAAGCAGAACGAGGCUGUGGAGCUGCUUCUGCGCGAAAGAGGUAAUCCAAAAGCCCUGAUGUCACAGUGCCGACUCGCUGUCAGAAGAUACCUCAAAAAGAUCAACAAGAUCCACUGUAUCGAUCAGCUGGAAAUGCCAACAAGUCUCAUUAACUUCUUGCAACACAAAGUGGUCCCAGUAACUGUUCUGUAGCUAAGUGAGCUGGAGGCUAGUUGUGUAAAUUCAUUUUUAUUUUAGCUAAACCUUUUGUUUUAUUUGCAGAUUUUGGACCACCUUUGUUUUUUUUGGUUUUUUUUAAUGCCUCCUGUCCAUUCAUGUGCUGUUCUGUUAAGACAGAAAAGUCAAAACAUUAAAUGUGUGGAUAAAUAGUGUGUUCUUCUGUUUUACUCUCAGUACUUACCCUUUAGCUGUUGGAAAACCUCUGAAGGAAGCUGUUUCUUGGAGUUGCAGCAGUUUAUCACAUGUUCAUCACCAGUUAGUUUAUUAUUUUAGAGGAGCUUUUUCCUCUUCUGAAAACUCGAAGUUUGCCUCACUCCAGCUUCCCCUUGUACUAGAUCAGGGUCAGUAUGUUUAAAGCUGCUCAGAGUAAAAUUUUGCAGUUCUGCGUACCAAUCUUUGAAGAAAACUUAAUUCUGCAUUUAUUCUUAGAAUUAAAAGUAAGAGCCACAAAUAACUUUGUGUUAAUACUUGGACUCAACUCCAGAAUAAUUUAAUAAACCACCAGAAGUUUCCUCAUUCAGUAAGCAUUGACCAGCAGAAGCAGCA